AACUUUUGGCAUACAACUGUAGCUGCUGCUCUAGCUAAAUUGCUGCUAAGUGUCUAGGUGAUAAAAGCUUUCUCCCACGCCUGCCACUCUGAGCAACACUAUUAUCAGGAAAAUGUAUGCAUCUUUUUCCAGUAAGAAUAAGGACUGUGAUAACUUUAGCAUUUAGACAAGACACUGAGCUGAUGAUUGUGAAAUGCAUUAAUGGAUGUGUCACUAUUUUAAAAGAGCACAUCUAAUGGAUUGUUUAUACAUCCAUCUCAUUGUACUUAUUUAUUUAUUUUAUAGGAUACUUUAAACAUUAAAUUGCACAGAUCAAGGUAGAACUCUCCUGUGACCUCCUCACCUCAUGGGCCUGUGUUGAACGGAACCAAUCCCAGUCCCCAGCCAGUUGUGUAUGUAUACCGCUGAAGGAAAAUGAACAUACUGAACAGCCACCACUUUUUGUACUUUCUGCCUACCACACGCCUUGUCAUCUUAUUAGCAGCUUUAGCAACUGCUGAGGAUGUGACUAAUAGCACUUUCAACCGCACUGACAUGAACACGGGAUCCGUGCCCUUGGUGAUCUCCCACAUCGACCAUAUUAUAGUCAAGGAGGGGAGUAGUGCCUUGAUCGACUGCAAUGUCCAAGGUAGCCCUAGUCCACAUUACAGAUGGUACAAUUCCAAUGGCUACCUACUCAAAGAGGAGGAGAAUAAAGCAGGAAAAUGGUGGUUUCUUGACAAUGGGCUACUAAACAUUACCAGCGUGUCUUUUGAAGACAGAGGUAAAUACACAUGUGUUGCAUCUAAUACGUACGGCAGUGUUAACAAUACUGUGACGCUGAGGGUUGUCUUCACCUCCGGAGAUAUGGGCAUCUAUUACAUGAUUGUCUGCCUUGUAGCUUUUACCAUUGUUAUGAUACUGAACAUUACUCGGUUAUGUAUGAUGAGCAGUCAUCUGAAGAAAACUGAGAAAGCAAUCAAUGAAUUCUUCAGAACAGAAGGGGCAGAGAAACUCCAGAAAGCCUUUGAGAUUGCAAAGCGUAUCCCAAUUAUCACUUCAGCCAAAACACUUGAGCUUGCCAAAGUAACCCAGUUCAAGACCAUGGAAUUUGCUCGCUAUAUCGAAGAGCUUGCUCGGAGCGUACCUUUGCCACCUCUCAUCAUGAACUGCAGGACUAUAAUGGAAGAAAUUAUGGAGGUUGUCGGUCUGGAGGAGCAGGGACAGAAUUUUGUACGACAGACAGCAGAAGGCCAGGAAACCACUGAAACAGAUGAGCUAUACAUGAUCCCAAAUGCUUUGAAGCGCAGUGACUCUCCCACAGGUGACUCUGAUGCGUCAUCACUGCAUGAGCCACCUCAACAGAUUGCAAUAAAAGUAUCAGUUCACCCAUUGUCUAAAAAGGACUGCAUGGACGGUCAGUUGCAAGAAAGCAUGCAGCUGGACAACAAGGAAGAGGACACUUCUCAAACACCAGCACUUCCUGCAGAACCCCUUCCUGAGCCUUCUGCUGAACUCAGUUCUGAUGACACAGCAUUGGCAAAUGACAAAAAUACAUGCAUUAUAUAUGAAAGCCAUGUAUGAUAGUUACUCCUGAAUCUAUGCAUAGCAGGAAAAUCAGGUGGAGCUCUUUUAAAAAUACAUAUUGUAAUUGCCGCUAAGCCUUACCUGGAGACUAUCAUAGCAAAAGCAUGUAUGUGGAUUAUUUGGCACUUUCUUCUCAGUUUGACUUUAGUUUACCAUGAUGUAUGGCAGAGUAAUUGCUAUUACAUUAAUAUUAAUUGCUCUUUUUGAUUAGGAGUAUUUCCAAGAAACAUUUACCUCAGCAUUUUCUAGGUUGGAGUUCCCUAUAGUGGCCUCCUGAAAGUCACUGGUAGUCUUCGAUGUAGGACACUUGAACUUACUAAACAUAAAACUGGUUUUCAUUUUCCUCCUUGACUCUCUUAUUUCCAUCUAUAGCAUUUUUGCAGAUAUUAUCUUGUGAAUUUGAAAUAUUGCCCAAGAGGCAGCACUCCAGUAGCCAAAUAAAAUCCUAAUAGAUCCCAUUUAAAAAACCUGUUUGUUCAGCUGCAUUGUCAUUUAGAGGGCUAUUAAAGAAAGUUAAAAUGUUUCCAUUUCAUUUGAGACUACACUGCUCAGGCACAGGGGAAAUAGUUUCCCUUUUUCCAUGGAAUGAAGAUGCCAACAAUUGUGUUUUUUUCACAUCAAGAAACAACUUUGAGGUCUAUUUUACAGAUGGGAAAGCGUGUAAACAUCUUACAGAAAGUUGCAGUCCAACAACUCUGCAUGGAUUUUUUUAUAAUUGACCGUUUCUAACUUUGCCAGAAGUUUAUAUGGAAAAUAGCUGCAAAUAUGCAAGAUGUCUUUGGGUUUUGUUUGUUUGGAGUUUUUUUGGUAGUAAUUUGGUAGGAGUAAGUAUGCACUACCUUACCAAAAGAUACGCAGGUUCCUUAACAGUCCUGCGAAUGCCAGUAAUCAGCUGGUAACAAGGCUGAAAUGGCAGAAGACCCUUUUAUUGGGAUUCUCAAUUUGGCGCAGAUUCGUAUUUUGAAGAUCAAACCUAAAUUCAUCUAUAAGUCUGACAGUGUUUUAUCCAAACUAAAAAAACAAAAUAAUAUAAUUGUCCUGUGAAAUUCCAUUGACGAUCACACACAAACUGUUUACUGCAUUGUAAUUGCUUUGUUAUUUUACCUCCUACCUGUGCAGGAUGUUCACUGCUUGAGUACAUGUGUCCCUACCCCAAUAAAGCUUUAAUCAUCACAGUGACUGGGGCAUUAAAAAGGGUCAAUGUUUAUGCCAGGAAAUGCCAGGAGUGGAAAGGAAGUGAUAAUUCCUAUUGCAAGUAGACAAUAAAGAGGACCUUCUCUGGAGUGAGUCUGGAAUGAAAGCUCUUCCAAGGAGGAGUUGCAUAGGAUUCAUAGCAUAUUACUUAAUCACCUGGCACACUUUAAUUUGGAAGUAAUGAACAAACUGUCACCUUACAGUUUUUAAGAAGGACUGUAGUGUAAGUACAGCUACUCAAAACUAAUCUGGAAUUAAGCAUAUUGCAGAAGUCACUUAGGUCUCUGGGGAGAUGAGGUGUGGAUGGCUCUCUGGACAUUUUACUGAAGUAGCCACAUCUACAUAAGGUGUCCAUUCAAGGCAGUCAGGUAUAUUAACUGCACAGGUAAUUGAGAGCAAACAAAGUCAAUGUUGUAGCUCUCUAAAAAAUUCAUUGAUAAUGAACAGACAUUUUAUCUCAACUUCCUCACGUUAAACUGCAGAGCUUCACUAGCAGCAUAAUACAGGAACACCCCAUGACUUAAGUAGGUGAUGUAGAGAAGGUUCCAUAUGUACCUUUCUAAAGUUAUUCAAAAAAACCCAACCAUGGUUAAUAAGGGACUUAAGAUUUUGUGACCAACUUGUGAAAAUUGCGGUAUUGCCUAAUGUUUGCUUGUGCUCACCACAAUGGCAGGCAUCUAUACAAAAUGCAUUUGCACAUUCCCAAAAGGAAAAAAGGGCAAAGUCCAUUCCAGUGGCUGGAAAUAUUUUAGGUCCAGUAAAGUAAUGUAAAUCUCGAACACAGGGUAAAUUAAGGAAAUACCAUAAAGAACCUCACUUCUGACCAGUGUGAUUGAAAAUACUACUGAAGCAAACUGUUAACUUCUUGUCUGCAUCCAAACUAUGUUUCUAUUUAGUGUUUGCAUCAGUUUUUCAAGUUACUUAAUUUGCUUCUGCUACGAAAAAGGCUGAGGGCAGAAACAAAAGCAGGAACUUGCACUAAAUUCCUUUAAUUCACCUUAAACUCCUGAAUAUAGGCAUCUUGAUUUUUCUGCCUGACCAGCAUUUACAAACAAUGCUCACGCAUUCUGAAGUUACCUGCCUGGUGCCCAGCUAAGGUUGCACAGAUGAGCAAGAAUAUUUUCCUUGAAAACAUAAAAAUAGGUUCUAAAUUACACUUAAAAAAAGAAAAAGUUUCAAAGUUAUUUAUUAAAAUAUUUUAAUUUUUUUCUAAUUAUAAACUUUUUACAGUAGAGACCAGCCCCCUUCAUGUAUUUAUAUGGUGAUUGGUACCAGGCAGUUCUGAUCCAGCUGUUGCCCUCAGACUGUCCUCUAUCCUGUUUAUUUUUACUGAGAUACAUUAGAAAGCAAUCAAUCCCUAUGGUUUUCUUCAAGAUCUCUGUGUAAACUUCCUUGAAGAUAAAGACUUCUUUUUUCCCCCAGAGAUUGCCCAUAAAAUGCAUGUGUUUGAAGCACACACAAAUGUACAUUGCAAAUCACGUAUGAGCAACAGUGAUUUGGCUUAGAUGCAUGUAACAGGUCCAGUGCACCAGCCAGUCUGCUAUAAAUUCUUCAGACAUUUAGCUUUGUGAUGUUAUGGGAAUAAAAGCAGAACAGCACUGUAUCUGAAGAAAAUCCAGACUGUAAUGGGUCUGAUUUAAGUGUGUUUUCUGCUUUCACGUAUGCUGCUCAGGAUCUUUAUGCAUCCAUUUAAUGAUCUUAAAGAUCUCUUCUGACCGAAACGAUUCUAUGACUCUGUGAUAUAAUAUGUGUAAAGCCUAAAGCUUUCUACAUACUUUCAGGCACUUCCUUUGUGAGAGAGAGAUAGAUGGGAAGCAAGACACAAACCCAUCUUCCCCAUUCCAAACUUUCUGUCUGCGCUAUUAUAAAGUAGACAAUUCUGUCCUGCAGUAUUUCUUAGGGAAUGGCCAUUUUAUGGUAUGAGAACACAAUUAACAAAUAUAAAAAUAAUGAUGGCUCUAAGAAAAUACUAAUAUUUGCUUGUAAUGUAUUUCCAUGCGACUUAGGUGCUUCAGGGACAUUACAGCUAUCUGUUCCCGUCACAGACUGUGCUCUAUAUAUUAUAGCACUAAACAUUAAUGGUUCUUACCGUACUCAAUCUGGAAAAUCCAUUCCAACUGAAUUUGCAUUCUAAAUGUAUAAGGAACACUGGGGCAGCUUUGGAAAGGAAAAGAGAUCUGCAGAUUACACCAUUGUAAAAUAUUUUUGCCAAAGCUUCAUGAAACAUGACUAGAUUUCUGCAGCACAAGAAAGCAGUGUUAGAUUUGAAUUUUACACUUACUAUUCUUUUUUUUUUUGCUAAAUCUAAGACCACAUUAAUCAGACCACUUGAAGAGAGUACUAUCUACUUACUCAACAUUUUCUUUAUGAGCAGCAUUUGUUUACUGCUGAUCCUUUUUUGUUCUCUGGUUUGAGUAUGCUUGUGAUGAAACCUGCCCUUCAGUCAUUUUUUGAGAUUGUCAUUGAACAAUUUUAAAAGAACCCAUAGAUCAGAAUUUUAAUGCAGGUUUAUUGGUAUUAGGGAAGGCACAGCCCUUUGUUCCUGUGCUAAAGAAUUACUGUAUAGCCAUAAGAUUUGCAGAAUGGCAUAUAUGGCAGAUGUUGAUUUAUUUUUCUUUUUAAUCAGUGCCUGGUUUAUUCUAAUGUACAUACUAUGUCAGUUCCUCGAUUUGCAGUUACUUUUUGACACAAGUACUGUAACUUAUAACUAGGGCUUUCUGACAUUCAGUUUGGUUCAGAUCAGUUAAUUCUGGAAAGUGUUAACAGUGUCGAAUUUUGAAAUUUCUCAUGGAGUUUCUUGGCAGUGUGCUGUUUUAAGAGUAGGCCUCUUAAGUAUGCCAUACUUAGUGGGACAGCUGAAAGCUUCUUAGAUGCAAAGGAAAUGCUUGCACUAAAGUAUCUUAAGUUAUGUUUCAUUUAUUAUGAAAUCCUUUUUGAUUUUACGAGAAAUGUAAGACAGAUAUGAAUGUGUUCUUUUGAGAAGUGGUUACUGUAUUUUGAUUUAAAUAACUUAUGAUUUUAUAGUUCGCAGCCAUAAACCACAAAGAGACCAGUUCAUGCUGAAGUGGCAAAAUGAAAUGUGAUCCAGCUUGUAAAUUGAUUGUUGUUUCAAUAAAGAAUUUGCACAGAG